CGUAGCUAGAUCAAAGUCUCGCCAGAUGGUGUUCAUUCUCACUUGUCGAAUUCCGAAGAAUAAUUCACACCUUAAGCCCUUGGCUGUGUCACUCGUUCGUCGGCCGUGCGAGAGAGCGCUUACUUUACUGCAGGUUGUAGGAUCCAUGGAACGUGACAAUUCAACCGCCAUCGCUAACGGAGGCUCAGAUCAAAGGAACAACAGACCACCUAUAUGGAACGUGGCAGUGUGUGGACCGGCUCUCUUCUACUACCACCAGGACAUCUCGGUUCGUCUGGUCGAGUGGCUGGAGCUGCUUCGGGCUACGGGCGUCGCAAAGGUCUUCCUGUCUGAGACCGACGUCCACCCCAACAUACAGAAGGUUCUACAGUACUACGUGCAGGAAGGCUUUGUUAGCGUGACGAAAUUCACGUAUCCAGAACCAUAUGUCAACGAACCCAACACCCGCAGGUUAUGGACCAUGUUGAAGCGAAAUGAGAUGUUUACCAUGGAAAAUAUGUACUUCACUGACUGCGCUCUCCGCCACAUGCACGAGUACCGCCUCAUCGCCCACAUCGACCCGGACGAAAUGCUCAUCGUACCCAAUCACGAGACUUUCCCUCAUUGGGUCGCCAAUAGGACAAGCAGGCGUAGUGUCACCCCAGGAAAGGAGAAUGGCCAGUGGGAAUCGCUUCACCUGGCUUGGUACUAUCACAACGACGAUUUGGAAACGUCGGACGCGUCUCUUCCAAAAUACAUGUGGAUGUUGCGCCAUUCUAGGCGAUCCCUGAAAGCAUAUCGCUUCUCCUUUGGAACGACUAAGCCCGUGUUUAAUAUGGAUGUGACCUUGGGUGUCAAUUCUCAUAUGCUGAUCGCCUGUGGUUUUGGAUACUGCCGUGGACAAAACUUCGUAAUCCCGCGAAAGGAAGCUUAUGUAGCUCACUUCAAGCUGACUUGUGGUGAUGAUUGCAAGCCAGCCAACGCCACGGAGGAAGAACCAGCUCUCCUAAGGUACAAUGCAAAGGUCAUUCCAGCAGUUACACAAGUGUUACAAAAACUCCAGCUGAUUUGAUAUCUGGUUGAAUUUAGUGUUUAU